AAUCGCAAGUGUGCAUUGGUGCGUUUAAGUAAUGGGAAGGAAGUAUGCGCUUAUAUCCCAGGAGUCGGCCAUAAUUUACAGGAACAUUCACAGGUAAUGGUGCGGGGUGGACGUCGGCGCGAUCUCCAAGGUGUACGAGCAGAAAUAAUACGUGGUAAACUUGAUUGCGCUCCAUUACGGAAGAAAGCAAAAAAGGCAGCAAAAUAA